AUGUCCACCAAUGGCUUGUCGCCGCCAGGCACGUCGACGUAUUCGAGCGACAACAUGUUCGUGGGGGAUGGCACCUGGGACAGUGAGCGCAAUAGCUUCCUGUUGCCAAAUCUCCAAGGCCUCAACUUCGCGAUGAUGCAAUAUAAUGGCAUGGGCAACCGCUUUCGCGACCUACCUCAGUAUCAUGUCCUGAUCAUUGGACAUGGCGUGCUUGCAGCAAUCGUAUUCAUUUUCAUGAUCCCAGGAGCCAUCUUCAUCGCCAGAUUCUGGCACUCGAAGAGUCGGCAGGCUUUCAAGCUCCACGUGUAUAUCCAAAUUCUCGUCGUCUUCCUGAGCACAGUCAUACUAAUACUGGGAUGGUUCGCGGUCGGUCCGGAGAGAAGUCUGACAAAUCCUCAUCAUGGCAUUGGUGUGGCGUUAUAUGUGUGCAUCCUGGCUCAAUUCCUCUGGGGCUGGUUGAUGUACAAACACGAACGCAAAAGGACAAGUCCUCCGAUCAAGCUGCCACUACGCAUCCACAUUCACAGACUCUUCGGCCAGGAUGAAAAGCACGGUCAAAAACCCGCUACAAAUACGUGGCGAGAUCGCUUCCUUGGAGCCGGCGCGGGUGUUGCAGCUCUGAUUGGCGCCAAAAGCCUGUUUGAUCGCCGCAAGAAUCGCGAAAAGGGCGAUCAUGACGGUUAUCGACCGCCGAGAGGUGGCGAACAUAGCAUGGUCAGUCAAACUGACGUUUCGCGAGUCGAAGCCGGACAAGCUCCGUUUUCGCCGCCUCGUGAUCGAAGGUAUCAAGAAGUGCAGUCAGACACUUUGACGCCCAUGAGUCCAUCCCGGUUAGCACCAAAAAGAAGACCGAGUGUCUAUACCCUUGAUGAAAGUGAUGACGAAAGUCACGUUCCGAGGCGUCGACCUGGUGCCGGUGAAGAUAAUACACUCAAAGCUAGCAUUGCUGCUUUAGGUUUCGUCGCUGGAGUCCGUGAAUGGAACAAGAAUCGCAAACAACGGCAAAUCUCAGAGCAGGCAGAACGAAUACGCCAGCAAGAGAUUGAAGAAGAGCGACGCUACAAGCGCAACAGCUCCCACCAUUAUCCCUUGCCCGAGCAUGCACAGGGCAGAAGAACCAGCAUGUCGGGCACUCUCAUGACAGGCCCGGAGCCUACCAUGGGGAGCAACCCAGAAUUAUCACGGCAGAACUUCCGUGCCAUCAAUCCAGACCCUUCACGACUACUCUCGCAGGAAUUCGUCCAAAACAGCUCCAGCAAUCUAGCAGGGACUGCAUUAGCUGCUGGAGCCCUCGGUGCCGCUGGUGGUGCCGCCGCCGCAGCGCACCCAAGACCACCGUCGCAUUCAUCCCCACGCUACAACGACUCGCGCACUCGCCUGACGCAGCCCAACCGCCAAUCGAGUUUCGGAUCAAAUUCCAUGUCACAGCUCAAUCCCAGUGCAGCCGGGCCCUCCACAGCUUCCGGCUUACCUGUGAGCGUGAAAGUCAAAAUGCACAACGACGGCCGUCACGUCACGCUCCGCCGGCUCAACGAGCAAGAAGCUGCUGCCGAGCGAGAAGCACGACGGGUUGGAACAGACGCGGGUGGCAAUGGCCGCCGUGCGCGACGGGGUUCGAGUCUAAGCUCAGGCGGCGAAGAUGCCGGCGCUUCACGAUUCCGACGCGGCAGCAACGCCAUACGACCAUCAAGUCAACAGCCCAUCGCCGCAGCAUCGGCGUCGCCGCCCAUCGUCGGUGCACCGGGCCUGCAGCAGCAGCCUGUCUCUCCGUCACCCCACCAGGGCCUGUCCCCCGCGCCAGGGCCCGCGAGCAGCGGAGCGAUCGUCAGUCCCGGAAACAUCACCUCUGAUGUCGGCACAGGGACAGACGUCAGUGCUUUCGACAACAACCGCCGUCGGCGACGAGCGGAACGAGCACGACGGGACGCCGCGGCCAAAGGCGCGCGGGUAGAAUUCGAGUAAGCCGAUCUGAUGCGUGCGGGCGGUGCGAGAAUCCGAAAAGUUUGAUGGAUGAUCCUUGGUGUUUGCUUUGGCAUCGGCGUUUACGGAAGAAGGGGGUGCGAUACCUGUACGCUUGUGGGACAAGGUUUGCUUUUGUACAAAAUCGAUGGGCGGACGGAGCUGGACGAGAUGAGACGCGCGAUAUGAGCUAUGAUACCUGAUCGACUACAUCCGUAGACGUCUUUAUAUGCAUUGAAAUUUAACUGGACAUUGACCGCCCGAACUCUCAUAGGCCCUCUUAC